UCCGUAAUCCCGCAAAUUGUUGCAGAAUGACGCCACACAAUCGCCUCAUUGGACGGUCACGGGGUUCCUCAACAAAUCCAACCCAAUUUCCGUGACUUUGGAGUUUUCGAAAGUUCACCGGUGCUACUGCAAGAUCAUGACCGCCGUUAAGAAGGCAGCCGAUAGCUUAAGUUAUCUCAACGAUUACUCGGAUACAACAGAAGCUCUUCCGUUGGAGUUACAUCGCAAUUAUACACUCAUUCGACAGUUGGAUGAAAGCGCAGAAGAUCUUAUGUCGACCGUAGCAGAUGAAUGUAAAGUUCUUACCGACAACAAAAAACUCAGCCGAGAAGAGCGAUUGGAAAAGCUCAGGAAUGUCAGCAGUCUUUUGAAUGAGACUGUCAAGCGAGGAGAAGAAAAGUUUGCCUUGGCGAAAAGCACUUAUGAUACGAUUGAUCGUCACUGUAGUCGAUUGGACAAUGAUUUGCAAAAGUUUGAAGACGAGCAAUUGAUCGGGCCGGGUAGAACCAGCAUAACACAAGCAUCUGCUUCGGAGGAUGAUCGGGAGACAGGAGAUGAAAAACGAAAAGGGAAUGUUGAAGGUGCAAUCAUUCGGUCGUCCCUUACACCAAGAAAUGAUACAAAAAUCUCCAAGAAUUAUAAAAGCGGACGAUCAGGCAAUAAGAAGCGGGAGAAGAAGGCAAAGGCAGCUUUGGAAGAAGAUCAAGUGGGAACCAGUGGGUUUGGCUUCGGCAGUUCGGCAGAAAAUGUGCAAGUUGCGGUGGCCAUCAGUGAUAUGCCAGUAGACCCGAAUGAGCCAGUGUACUGCUUUUGCCGACAGGUAUCCUAUGGCGAAAUGGUGGCAUGUGAUAAUGACGAGUGCGAAAUUGAAUGGUUUCAUUUACCAUGUGUGAAGCUGACAUCUGUGCCACGGGGCAAAUGGUAUUGCGACAACUGUGCACCCAAAAUGCAAAGCAAGUUGAAGCGGCUGUCUUAAAGCAGAACGUAAAAGAGAGUUCACUGUCCAGGUCUGAGCGCUUUGAGCACCGU